UAGAAUCGCGAUAUUUUUAAGGCUAGUCUUCUUAUUCUCACAUUUUCCUUAAAUAUUAGUAUUUAAUGAGCAAAAUAUUAAUGAUCUUUAUACACGCUAAACGCAGAUAAAUAUGAAAUUAUUUACUAAAGAAUUUAUCUUUUUGAUACACGUAGUGUUAAUAUCUAUAAUACUGAUAAACGAUGUUCAAGGAAAUAUUGAAAAUCGUUUUUGUAAAUCCGAAAUUUUGUUAGUAAAAGGAAACCUUAUUGGCCAGAUACCAAAACUAGAUGAGCAGUUUUUAGUUUCAUUUGAUGUCUAUCCAAAUAAUUUUGUUGCUAAAUGGCAUAGUGUUAUUCAUUUCACUAUUGGUUCUAAUAAGGAUCAUUAUGGUGAUCGUGUUCCAGGUAUCUGGUUUCAUGAAACUGGAGAUGGUAGUAUUUACAUUUCAGCACCACUUAAUGGUGAUCAUGAUAAAGGUUUCACUACAAAACCGAUAAAAAAAAAUCAAUGGUCUAAUAUUAAAGUUAGUCAAAUUUUGAAAGACUAUUAUAAUUACACAAUUAGAUUAAAUGAAGAAGUUGUCUUUACUUGUAUAAAUAAACAAGUUCAAAGUUUUGAUAAUGUAAAAGUAUAUGCAUCUGAUCCUUGGCAUGAUGUUCAAGAUGGUUCAAUAAGGAAUUUAAUUAUUAUCAAUGGUUUUUCAAAUAUCAAUGAAUGUGCAAACUUGAUUGAUUACUAUGACUGGACAAACAGUGAUUGUGUGAACACUAAUGGAUACUAUUUUAUUCACAAGUGUGUUGCAUAUCAUUCUAUGUACUGUAACCAGGAAAACAGUGAUUGUUUGAAUACCAGUCAAACUAUUUAUUUUACUUGCAAGUCUGGGUGGAGGUUGGAAGAUAACAGCUGUGUUGAUAUUGAUGAAUGCGCAAACUUGACUGAUUACUGUAACUGGGCAAACAGUGAUUGUGUGAACACCAAUGGAAGUUACUAUUGCACUUGCAAGCCUGGGUGGAGAUUAAAUAACAACAGUUGUGUUGAUGUCAAUGAAUGCAAUGAGUUGGCUAAAUAUUGCAACUUCACUAACAGUGAUUGUAAGAACACUAAUGGAAGUUACAAGUGUACUUGCAAGUCUGGGUGGAUAUUGGAAAACAACAGUUGUGUUGAUGUCAAUGAAUGCAUUGAGUUGGCUAAGUAUUGCGACUUGACAAACAGUGAUUGUAGGAACACUAAUGGAAGUUACAUAUGUACUUGCAAGUCUGGGUGGGUAUUGGAAAACAACAGUUGUGUUGAUGUCAAUGAAUGCAAUGAGUUGGCUAAAUAUUGCAACUUGACUAACAGUGAUUGUAUGAAUAUUAACGGAAGUUACAAUUGUACUUGCAAGACUGGAUGGAUAUUGGAAAACAAUAGUUGUGUCGAUAUCAAUGAAUGCAACGAGUUAGCUAAAUAUUGCAACUUGAACAACAGUGAUUGUGAGAACACUAAUGGAAGUUACAAUUGUAAUUGCAAGUCUGGGUGGAUAUCGGAAAACAGCAGUUGUGUUGAUGUCAAUGAAUGCAAUGAGUUGGAAAAAUAUUGCAACUUGACAAACAGUGAUUGUGAGAACACUAAUGGAAGUUACAAUUGUACUUGCAAGUCUGGGUGGAUAUUGGAAAACAACAGUUGUGUUGAUGUCAAUGAAUGCAAUGAAUUAGAAAAAUAUUGCAACUUGACUAACAGUGAUUGUGAGAACACUAAUGGAAGUUACAAUUGUACUUGCAAAUCUGGGUGGAUAUUGGAAAACAACAGCUGUAAUGAUGUCGAUGAAUGCGCUGAGUUGAAUGAAUAUUGUAGCUUGACUAGCAGUUAUUGUGUGAACACUAAUGGAAGUUACAAUUGUAUUUGCAAGUCUGGAUGGAAAUCGGAAAGCAACAGCUGUGUUGAUAUUAAUGAAUGUGAUAGUUUGAUUGAUGUUUGCUACGCAACAAACAAAGUUUGUGUCAACAGCAUUGGAAGCUAUUAUUGUUAUGAAGGAGAGUGGAGCACAUGGAGUGAAUGUAGUGAAACAUGUGGAUAUGGUUAUAAAUACAGCAUUUUAAAUGCACAGUUUAAUUCCCAACAAGAAGCCAAACAGAGCCUACCAUGCAUGAACACAAAGUGUUCAGUUGAUGGGAAUUGGAGCAAUUGGACUACCUAUGAAUCAUGUUCAAACUCAUGUGGUAUUUGUUUUACAAGACAAGAGAGAUAUUGUAAUAAUCCUGCACCAGCUGAUGGUGGACAUGAUUGUUUUGGUAAUAAUGUUCAAUAUUCUGAAAAUAAUACAUUAUGUAGAGUGAAUGGUGAUUGGACACAAUGGUCUUCAUGGUCAUUAUGCAGUCAGCCAUGUCAUGGUGGUGUAAAAAUAAGGUAUCGUAGCUGCACAAAUCCAGUACCAAAAUAUGGAGGUUUGCCGUGCAAUGGAAAUAAUGCAGAUGAAGUUACUUGUAUUUCAGAUAAAUGCAAAAAUGUGAAAGUCAACUUUGGAAUUAUUUUCACAGAUGUUGAUUACAUAGAACAGUUUGUAAAUCCGUCUGAUGAAGUAUAUAAUCCACUGGAAGACAAAAUUAAAACUGCAAUACAAAACCUUUAUAACAAGUUCAAUAAAACUGUACUGUUGAACUUGAUGUUGAAUUCUAUCAAAAACGUAAAAGAUUAUCAAACGAAACCUUAAACGAUUUAAUUGAAACAUGUUGUCAAGCAUGUUUAUAUUUUCUGGUAGUUGAUUAAAAAAAUUUAAUUUAAUAAUCAAAU